AUGCAGAAGAUGAUCCGCCGCAAGAAGAAUGUCAAGAAGGGGAUCCAGUUCUGCCUCAUGGUCUGUGGCGCUUCAGGAACUGGCCGGACCACCUUCGUCAACACUCUGUGCGGCAAGUCCGUCCUCGACCAUAAGGAGUCCGACGACCCCAAUGGCGCACACGUCGAGGAGGGCGUCAAGAUUAAGCCGCUCACCGUCGAACUUGAGCUUGACGAGGAGGGAACUCGCAUCUCCCUGACCAUCGUCGACACCCCCGGUUUCGGCGAUCAGAUCGACAACGAGGCCAGCUUUUCCGAGAUUGUCGGCUACCUCGAGAGGCAAUACGAUGACAUUCUGGCCGAGGAGUCUCGGAUCAAGCGUAACCCUCGCUUCAGAGACAACCGUGUCCAUGCUAUGCUCUACUUCAUCACCCCUACCGGCCAUGGCCUCCGUGAGCUCGACAUUGAGCUGAUGAAGCGCCUCGCUCCCCGUGUCAACGUUAUCCCCGUCAUCGGUCGUGCCGAUUCGCUGACGCCUGCUGAGCUCGCCGAGUCGAAGAAGCUGGUCAUGGAGGACAUUGAGCACUACAGAAUCCCCGUCUACAACUUCCCCUACGAUAUUGAGGAGGACGACGAGGACACCGUCGAGGAAAACGCCGAGCUGCGCGGCCUCAUGCCGUUUGCCAUUGUCGGAUCCGAGGAGAUUGUCGAGAUUGGCGGUCGCAAGGUCCGCGCCCGUCAGUACCCUUGGGGUGUCGUUGAGGUUGAUAACCCCCGCCACUCCGACUUCCUCGCCAUCCGAUCUGCCCUGCUGCACAGCCAUCUGGCGGAUCUGAAGGAGAUCACUCAUGACUUCCUGUACGAGAACUACCGUACCGAGAAGCUGAGCAAGAGCGUUGAGGGCGGCGCUGGAGUCGACUCAUCCAUGAACCCCGAGGACCUGGCCUCGCAGUCCGUCCGCCUCAAGGAGGAGCAGCUCCGCCGCGAGGAGGAGAAGCUUCGCGAGAUUGAGGUCAAGGUGCAGCGCGAGAUCAACGAGAAGCGCCAGGAGCUGUUGGCCCGCGAGUCUCAACUGCGCGAGAUCGAAGCUCGGAUGCAGCGCGAGGCUGCCGCCAUGUCUUCGCCGCCACCCCCGGCUGUCGCCGAGGCCAACGGCGAGCACGACGGCAACUAG